GGCGGUUUUUUUUUUUAAUCAAUGCCAUGUCAUUGUCCAAUCAUCGUCUUUUGUUAACGGGCCACAAAAAUGAAACGGAAAAAUGAUGUUUUCUAACGUCAUCCUUAACAGAAGGGGUGAUUUGCGGAUUUCAUGUAGUAGAAGGGCUGAUUUGCCAAUGUUUCUUGUACAGGGGCUGAAUUGCCACAACAUUGCAGGUACAGGGGCUGAAUUGCACCUUCUGCCAUUUCGGAAUAUGAUAUAUAUAUAUAAAAGGACAUGAGCUAAUCGUUCACACUUGAAUAGUAGUACUGGGGAGGAUUGGAAUAUAUCGUCGAGAGAUUGAGAAGGGAAUGCAACAGGGAAUAUCUUUUAGGGGUGGCUGAGUAUUAAUUGUCUUGAUCAUCUUAUCUCCUUCGCUUCCUUUUCACUCAUUGCAUAUAUAAUUGAGGCAGCGGGGAUUUGUAUGGCUACCUUGAUUGCAAGAGCGUUUGGUUCCAUAAUUUCUGCCAUUGCAUACUGUGUGUUCGGCUAUCAGCGACACCACCAUAAGGAGGAGAAGACACACAUCAAUUACUACAACAUGCCCAAGGGUCGGCCUCUUUCUUUGCAGACCGUGGAGCUCAAAGUAAGGAUGUGCUGCACUGGUUGCGAGAGAAUUGUCAAAAACGCCAUUUACAAGCUUAGAGGGAUUGAUUCGGUUGACGUGGACCUACCGAUGGAAAAGGUGACGGUGGUUGGGUAUGUAGACCGGAACAAGGUGCUGAAGGCAGUGAGGAGGGCGGGAAAGAGGGCGGAAUUCUGGCCGUACCCCAACCCCCCACUGUACUUUACAUCCACCACUAACUAUUUCAAGGACACAACCAGUGAAUUCAAGGAGAGCUACAACUAUUACCGGCAUGGCUACAACCUUGGAGACAGGCACGGCAACAUUCCGGUGACUUCCAGGGGAGACGACAAGGUCAGCAACAUGUUCAACGACGACAACGUCAAUGCCUGCUGCCUCAUGUAAUUAAAUAAAUUAAGUAAAUAAAUAAAUGAUUAACCAUGUACCAUGUCAUGCAUUGCAUGUGUAAUAUACAUAAAAUGCAUAUUCUGAAGUGUAAUGUUCGAAAUGAAUGAAGGUGAAGGGU